GAGCUGCUAACAAGAAGGAGCUCUCACUCCGUCAGGAAACCCCAACACCAAAACGAGGAAUUAGCUAAUCAGAGAAGACGUGGUGGGAGAACCGCUUCCUAUUUAUUGCUCUCUGUGUUUCUAAAACACGAUGUGCUUAUUUUUAGUGUUCAACGGUUUAGAUUUGGAUUCAUUAAAUCGAGGUUUGCUUCGAAGUGAACCAUUUUUUUUUACCGCGCGCGGACGAUCUCGUGGGUCUCGGCGCGGGUUCACGUGACGCGGAACGCACUUCCCGCAUACGUCAUCACGCACGGAUUUACGAGUGGCAGCCGGCGAUCAGAAGUGAGCGCGACGCCGACGUAACUCGGUGAAGCGGCGACGGAGCAGAGUAAGAAUUUCAUAACUCCGGUUAGGACGGCGUCAUGGCUCCCGGCAGCGAUGACGCGGCCGAGACGGAGCAGCGGCCUCUCGUCCUGGAGAGGGUGGAGAAAGAACCGGCCCGAGGCUGGCGGUCCGCCGCCUCGACCCGCCUGAGGAAACACUGCUCGUGCACCUCGCAGAAAGCUAAGUCCCAAAUACUGGGCUUCGUCCCCAUCCUGAAAUGGCUGCCCCGCUACCAGCUCAGGGAGUGGCUGCUGGGCGACGCCAUGUCCGGGUUGAUCGUGGGGAUCCUAUUGGUCCCUCAGUCCAUCGCCUACUCCCUGUUGGCCAGCCAGGACCCCAUAUAUGGUCUGUACACGUCUUUCUUCACCUCGAUCAUCUAUGCAAUCUUCGGCACCUCCCGACACAUCUCGGCCGGGGUUUUCGGGGUGCUCUGCCUGCUUGUGGGUCAGGUUGUGGACCGGGAACUGGCUCUGGCGGGAUACAUCACGGAAGGCGGCGACGGCAUCGGCGGUAACGACAGCGCCCUCCUGCUGGCCGGUUUGGGCAACGGCACCGCCGCGGCGGGAUGUGACAAGAGCUGCUACGCCAUCACAGUGGGAGCCACGGUUACCUUCACUGCCGGGGUGUACCAGGUGCUGAUGGGCGUCUUCCAGGUGGGCUUUGUCUCGGUCUACCUCUCGGACUCCCUCCUCAGUGGCUUCGCCACCGGAGCCUCCCUGACCAUCUUCACCUCCCAGUUCAAAUACCUUCUGGGCCUAAAGAUCCCCAGGCCUCAGGGCUGGUUCGUCCUGUUCAAGACUUGGCGCAGCUUGCUCGUCAACCUGGGAAACACCAACGUGUGCGACCUGGUGACCAGCUUGGUGUGUUUGCUGGUGCUGAUUCCCGUCAAGGAGCUCAACAAUCGCUUCAAAGCCAAGCUAAAGGCUCCAAUUCCCUUCGAGCUGUUUGUGGUGAUCAUCGCAACGCUGGCUUCUCACUUUGGACACUUCAACACGGACUUUGGGUCGGACGUGUCCGGCGACAUCCCCACGGGCUUCCUCCCCCCGCAGCUGCCGAUGUGGGCCCUGAUCCCCAACGUGGCCGUCGACGCCUUCUCCAUCGCCAUUGUCGGGUUCGCCAUCACCGUCUCGCUGUCGGAGAUGUUCGCCAAGAAGCACGGCUACGCGGUGGACGCCAACCAGGAGAUGUACGCCAUCGGCCUCUGCAACAUCCUGCCGUCGUUCUUCCGCUGCUUCACCAGCAGCGCCGCGCUGACCAAGACGCUCGUCAAGGAGUCCACGGGGUGCCAGACCCAGGUCUCCGGGCUGGUCAGCGCCCUCGUCCUGCUGCUGGUGCUGCUGGUCAUCGCGCCGCUCUUUUACUCCCUUCAAAAAUGCGUGCUGGCCGUCAUCAUCCUGGUUAACCUCCGCGGAGCUCUGGCGAAGUUCCUCGACGUUCCCGCCAUGUGGCGCGUCAACCGUGUCGACGCCUCCAUCUGGCUGAUCACCAUGGCGACCUCGGCGCUGGUCAACACGGAGCUGGGCCUGCUGGUGGGCGUCCUGGUGUCGGCCCUCUGCGUCCUGGGGCGAACGCAGCAGGCCCGGGUCCUGGAGCUGGGCCGGGCUCCGACCGGGGAGCACUACGAGGACGCGUCGUCGUACCGCGGCCUCCGGACGCACCCCGACGUGGCCGUUUUCAGAUUCGAGGCACCCAUCUACUACGCCAACCAGAGCAUGUUCAGGAAGUCGCUCUACAAGCGAGUCGGGCUGGAUCCCGUGAAGGAGAAGACCCAGCUGAUGAAGUUUAAGAAGAAGCAGCAGCAGCGGGAGGAGGGAGGGGUCCCCAAUGGGAAAUCGGGUGAGACGGGCGGCGAGGGUCAAAAGCACGACGAGGUGGAGGCCGAGGGAACCGUCACCUUGAUGCUGGACCAUAAGCCCCGCCUCCUGCGCAGCCUGGUGAUCGACUGCAGCGCCGUGUUGUUCCUUGACACCGCCGGAGUGAACGCUCUGAAAGAGGUCCGCAAAGAUUACGCGGAACUCGGGGUGACUGUGGUCCUGGCUCAGUGCAGCACCUCCGUGCUGGACUCCCUGCAAAGGGGGGGGUACUGCCCCGUCAGCGGAGGAGAAAACAGGAUCGCGUUCUUCAGCAUCGCAGACGCCGUCCACCACGUCCAGAGCCUCGGGGCUCCCAACGGAGGUCACGGCAGCGAAUGAGAGAUGCGUUCAUCCAAAUUUGUUUACGAAUAUGCAGCUGAAAUGUGCCUUGGAAUGCUGAAGUGAGUCUAUCAAGACCGGGAUUCAUUUCAGUUUCAGAAUUAUUCUUAAAGCAUCUGAAAUCAUCUUUAUGUAAAAGAAGCCAAAGAACGUAGUACUUAGAAAAACCUUUAUUCUUUAAACCCAAAGGUUUUAAAACAAAACAAAACUUAUAUGUAAAUAUGUGUAUGAAUCUAUAUCUACUGUGUAUAUAUAUCUAUAUAGAUAUAUAAGUAAAUUCCGUCCAAACUCCGUUCAAAAGCUUGACUCUAAAAUUGAAAAUGUACGCUGAAUGUAGUCGUACAAUUGUCUUUUUUUAAAAAAAAUUUUUUACAGUAGAUACUGUAUUACGACAUAUUUUCUGCUGUUCUACCAACGUACGUAACAGGCUCCACCUACUCUGGCGGCCCAUAAUGCCGUUCUCUCUCGUCAGUGGUAAACAUGUGAGGAAGUUUACGGAGCGGUUUACGGAACGCCUCUACUGUGCCUGAGUACAGGGUUUUGAUUUGUUUUCAUUCUGUAUGUGUGUGUGAAUAUAUAUAUAUAUAAUAUAUAUAUGUAUAAU